CUUCGGCUCGUGAGGGACAACGUCGCCGCUGAGUUUUCGGUGGCGGGUGGCGGUGAAGGGGGCGACUCGCUCGAGUCGCAGGUCGUGCGCUCAGCCUCGGGCGGGGAGGUGACGGUGCACUACGUCCACGCCGACGAGGAGGAGUUGCCCGCGAAGGGUCAGUCGGUGGAUGUGGUUGUCAGCGUGCUGGGUCUGCACUGGGCCAACGACCUUCCAGGCGCCAUGACGCAGGCUCGGAUGGCGCUCGUUCCGGACGGCCUGUUCCUGUCCGCGGUGCUGGGCGGUGAGACACUGAGGGAGAUGAGAAUCUCUUGUGCGGUGGCGGAGUUGGAGCGCGAGGGCGGGGUGAGCCAGCGCGUCAGUCCCCUUGCGCAGGUGAGUAGUGAUGGGCCCUUUCCAGUUUCCUCUUGCAUCUCCCGUUUUCCCUCAUGUCUGCUAUACAUGUCACGCCCGCACUCGCUCUCGCUGCAGUGGGCGUUUUCCGGCUCGCUGUCCGACCUCGACGCCGUGCUUGACGACUGAUUUACAUUUUUUGACCACUGCCCCUCCGUAGGUGCGUGACUGCGGCAACCUGCUGACUCGCGCCGGCAUGCGUCUGCCCGCGGUUGACGUGGACACCGUGACCAUGAACUAUCCGUCGCCGCACAAGCUGGUGGAGCACCUCAGGGUCAUGGGCGAGACCAACGCCGGGGUAUCGCGUCGCCGCGGCCCGCUGGGGAGGUCCACCGCGGCUGCGGCGGCGGCGGCGUACGGGUCCGCGUUCCCGUCACCCCCGGGCGUCGGCGACACAGCUGGCGGCGGCGGGGGCGGGGUGGAGGCGACCUACCAGGUGCUGUACAUGACCGGGUGGAGCGCGGGGGAGGGACAGCAGCAGCCGGCGGAGAGGGGAUCAGCGGGGGUGUCUCUGGCGCAGCUGGAGGAGGAGUUGGCCAAGGUCCCGAAGCGAUAGUAACCGUCCACUCGGCACAAUAAGAACUUAAACCUGACUCGU